AUGAGCGAGACCUGGGAUGCCUCCAAGGCGGCUUUCGAGGGAGCUAAGCGAUUGCUACGAUUCGAAGAGUUGCCCAAGGAGUGGCAGAGCAACCCCUAUAUCCACACAGGGUACCGGUUCCUGUCCUCGAAGCGUCAAUGUCUGUGGAGCAUUUUCCGGAUCCAUAACGAGACCUGCAAUAUUUGGACCCAUAUGCUCGGUUUUGCCGGCCUCAUCGCCCUGGGCUUCUACAUCCACACUACGUUCCUGGAGCACGGCUCCUUCUGGGACCACGCUGUCUUCCUCUUCUUCUUCCUCGCCGCCUCCAAGUGUCUGAUCUGCUCGACUCUAUACCACACCUUCCUCUGCCACUCGCGCCUGCCCGUCAUGCGAUGUGCCGCCACGUUCGAUUACAUUGGCAUCGGCGUCCUCAUCACAGCCUCGGUUAUGGCCACCCUGCACUAUGGAUUCUUUUGCGAUGCCGAGAAAUGGAUCUUUUUGGCCUUCUCUUUCGGCAUGGGCAUCGUAGGAUGCAUCUUGCCGCUCUACCCAUUCUUUGACCUGCCAAGUUUCCGCUAUUUCCGUAUCUUUAUCUUCGUCGGCAUGGCCUGCUCUGGAGUCGUCCCCCUCAGCUAUGCGGCGUACGUGAAGGGCUUCUCAAACACCUUUAGCUUCAUCUUCCCAUUCUUUAAAUCUGGCCUCGCCUAUCUCACCGGCUUGUUGUUCUAUGGACACCGCUUCCCAGAGAAGCGCUUCCCGGGCGUCUUUGACCGAUGGGGCCACUCGCAUCAGGUCUGGCAUGUCGCUGUGGUGGCAGGCAUCUACUAUCACUACAUGGCGAUGGUACACUUCUAUAAUGCGAGAUACACAUUCGGGUGCCAAGCUGUUUAUGGCGGGUACGAGCACGAGCACUUGUUUGCAGGACAGGGCAUGCAGGAUUCCGUCAUGGGCGGUGCCUCGGCGUCGUGGUUCCCGACCGCAACGGCCGUUGCGACCGCAUAA